GGGUAGGAGGCGCAGUCACCGGCUGGACCGCGGACGCACCCUGGCCACAUGCGGGCGGAAGACUUUUAAACCGGCUGAACUGAGUUUUCUUCCGCAAGGAACAGCGCACAGGAUCGGGGGCGCGGCUGGAGGAGGCCAGCCCCCAUGGCUGGAACUUACGGUGUGAUGAGUGAUGAUGGUUCUAUUGAUUACACUGUUCAUGAAGCCUGGAACGAAGCCACCAAUGUUUACUUGAUUGUGAUCCUUGUUAGCUUUGGUCUCUUCAUGUAUGCCAAGAGGAAUAAAAGGAAAAUUAUGAGGAUAUUUAACCUGCCACCUCCAGAAGAAACUUUGUCAGAGCCCAGUUUUUAUGACACAAUGAACAAAAUUCGUUUAAGACAACAAUUGGAAACAUAUUCCAUUUCAAGAAAAUAUGAGUAUCAGCAGCCACAAAGCCAAGCUGACAGUGUACAGCUCUCAUUGGAAUGAAACUUCAAAGCAAGUAACAAAAGAGAUUGUGAAGCAGUGUGGCAGCAAACUCCUAAUCCACUUUACUAAAUUAUGAGUAGCAUUUAGCAAAAGUUGUCUAAAUAAAGUCAUCUUUUGGCUUUUCCCCAUUUUUUCUGUUCUUUUUCUUUCUUUAGUUGCUUCUCCCAGGACUUGUGACAUAAGUACAAAAAGACUCAAGGACUAGGUAUGCCUGACCAGGACCGUGCCUUGUGACUAAAUGGGGGCUUUCCCUUUUGAGGAUCUUUGAUGUCUCCAGUACACAAUCAGUGAAAAAUACAAAUGUGUCUUUGGAAACAAGAAUCCUAGAGUUUAUACCACUUUGAUUAGAAUAUUUUUGCAAAGUUAAAAAUAGUAAACCUAGCUAUUAGAAUAGUUUGCUAUUAGAUUGUGUUCUAUAAUGAUAUGUUUAAUAUUAGCAACAGACUUACUUGUGUUGCUAUUGCUAUUGUUAAUGGCUGUUUAGUUUGUGAUCUUUACUUCUUUUAAACAUAUGACACACCACAGAACUUGUGAUCUUUUCUACAUCAUGAAGUAUAUGAAGUUUAUUGUAGAAUCUUUGUGUAAUUGGAUUUGCCCCCAUUAGUUGUAUUCCUAGAAGUUGUUUUAUUUUGUUUCUGUUGUCCUGGUUUCAUUGACAUCAUGGAGUUCCUUAAGCUCCAAGUGGAGUCUUGUUCCUCCAGACAAAGGGACAUCUCUGUCUUGCUGUUGGCAAUUCACUUUCCUGUCAUUUCACUGUCACUGUUUAAUAUUAGUAUGUAGUUUCUUUUGGUUUUAAAGCUUUGUUGAAGACCCACUUGCCCCAUUUUGUACUUUACAAUAAAAUGUUUUUAUCUAA